CCAGACUAGAGGAUACUCCAGUGUUGGGAGUAUCCCAACUCUAGUAAUCAUUAAAACACUAACACAUCCGAUUUGUGUGUAUGUGCGUUAUUAUGCAAAUGCGAUCAUAAAAUAGUGAAGGCUUAUGAUUUGCAAGCUAAGAUGAGAAAAGGAUGAUUUGGGGAUGGUCCGGCAAAGCCGACGAUCAUCCAUGGGCUGGUUGGGAGGAAAAGAGAGGAGCCGGUGGAGAAACAAGAAGAAAAAAAAAGUAAGAAAGAAAAGAGGGAACCCCUGGCCAACAGAAAGUGGAUCCUUCGCACGACUGACAUCAAGCCGCUCAACUCUCUCUCUCACUCUCUCUCUCCUCGCUGUCGCUCUCCAGCCUGUCAUUUUUUCCCCUUCCCCCGUCCGAUUUCUCACUUCUUUUUCUUCUCUAUUUAUUCGCUUCGUUAUCUUCCUUUUUUUUGUAAUACUAUUUGUCUUGGGGUUUUAUUCGAGUCCUUCCCUAUUAAACCCGUCCGAUCCUAGUUCAGAUCGAUCGCCGAGGUUCUUCUACUCUCGAUCCUCGUUUCGCCCAUUCCGCUCCGCUCGGUAUCUUGUCCCGUCUUCUCUCUUCCCCUCCCUCGCUCUAAUCGAUGAAUAGUGAGAACAGCGACUACUCGAUCGUCGAGAAUAAUCAACAGAAUAUUCGGACGCUACAAUCAUGGCUCGUGUACGGAGAAGGUCCAGUA